AAUAUCGUUUGAUUCAAGGUAGAAGGUCCUCGCUCGUGGCGGUUUUCAUAGGUACUUCACAAACGGAAGGUCACAACGGAUUAUUUGUGAAUGUUUGAAUGAAGAGGUGACCAUGACCCAGGCUGAGAAAGAGCAGGACAGCGGGAAGGAGAAAGAAAAGGAGCGGGAGAAAGAGAAAGAGAAGGAGCAACAGCGCGGGGUGAAAAGACCCAUCGCUCCUCCGGCCAUCCCCGAGCCGCUGCAAGAGCAAAUACAGAGCAAUUUUGUAGUUGUCAUCCACCCUGGCUCAAGGACACUCCGUAUUGGCCGUGCAACAGACACUCUUCCAGUGACAGUCCCUCAUGUGAUAGCACGCAGACACAAGCAGAGUGGACAGCCCAGAUACGAAGACGCCUGGCUGUUGAGAGAAGGUCUCAAUAAACCAGAGAGUAAAGAGCAGAGGCAGAAUGGCCUUAAGAUGGUCGACCAGGCCAUCUGGUCCAAGAAGAUGUCCAACGGCGUGCGGCGGACUCCUGUCUCUGCUGACCAGGCCAGAGCAUAUAACUGUCAGAUCCGUCCAGCAGUACUAGACAGCAGCUCCAGAGUGAAGUGGACCAACACAGCCCACCAUCCUCCUCAUCUGGUGGGAGAGGAGGCUCUGUAUGUGAAUCCAUCAGACUCUUACAACAUCCACUGGCCUGUAGUCAGAGGUCAGCUCAAUGUGCACCCCGGUCCUGGGGGCUCACUGACUGCCAUCAUGGCUGACCUUGAGACCAUUUGGAGCCACGUCAUUCAAAAGCAUCUUGAGAUCCCCCUCAAAGAUUUAAAGUAUUACAGAUGUGUCCUACUGGUCCCUAACAUCUACAACAGGCAGCAUAUCAAGGAGCUUGUCAACAUGCUGCUGCUUAAUAUGGGCUUCGCAGCAAUCAUUGUGCACCAGGAGUCGGUGUGUGCCACGUUUGGCAGCGGGUUGAGCAGUGCUUGUGUCGUGGAUGUGGGUGACCAGAAGACCAGUCUCUGUUGUGUGGAGGACGGAGUGUCCCACCGGAACUCCAGGUUGUGUUUGGCAUACGGGGGCUCAGAUGUGACCCGGACUUUCUUCUGGCUCCUGCAGAGGGCGGGGUUACCCUACAGAGACUGUCAGCUGUCCAGCAGACUGGACUGUCAGCUACUGCAACAACUCAAAGAGACAUUCUGCCAUCUAGACCAGGACACAUCAGGACUACAAGAUCAUGAAUUCCAGACACGUUUCCCAGAAGCCCCAGCUCUGCUCUACCAGGUUCGACUUGGGGAUGAGAAAUUACAGGCACCCAUGGGACUUUUCUAUCCGACCACAUUUGGCAUUGUAGGUCAGAAGAUGACAUCACUCCAGUACCGUUCACAGGGUGACACAGAGGAUCCUCAUGAUGAACACUACCUGCUGGCCACACAGAGUAAACAGGACCAGUCGUCCAAAUCUGCUGCAGAGCGUAAGGCCGUGUCCAGACCAGGUGGAGCUCUGGAUGGUGAGAUGAGCGGUCAGGGAGGGAUUGGAGAGCUCUCUGACCUGCCAAGGGGCUGUGGGAGUGGUGGCAGUGGAGGAGGGAUGCAGGGGGAGAUGGAGCUUGGGCCUGCCCAGGGGGAGUGCCUGAUGGGGACGGGAGAGGUAGAUGAGCCUCUGUCUGCUCACCUCUCCAGGAAGACUGCAAUCAUGAGCCAGUUUGAGAGCAAAGCACUGGGCCUGGAUAAGGCUAUUCUGCAUAGCAUCGACUGCUGUGCAUCAGACGAAACUAAACGAAAGAUGUACAGUUCCAUCCUGGUCGUGGGCGGGGGGCUCAUAUUUCACGGUGCUCAGGAGUUUCUGCUGCACCGCAUAAUCAACAAGAUGCCCCCCUCCUUCAGGAGGCUGGUAGACAAUGUGGAAGUGAUCACACGGCCAAAGGACAUGGACCCUCGCCUGAUAUCGUGGAAGGGUGGAGCAGUGCUGGCAUGUCUGGACACCACCCAGGAGAUGUGGAUCCACCAGAGGGAGUGGCAGCGCUUUGGUGUCCGAAUGCUCCGUGAGAGAGCUGCCUUCGUCUGGUGAGGGGUGGAGCCAAACUCGUUUUGACAAACAAACAGUGACACACGUAGAGACGGACACCGGCGCAUGGAAAAGGAAUAAUUUGCUCCAAAGUUAAACAGCCAGAAAAACGAUAAAAACCCGUCUUGACUGAAAGCGUUUUGCCAGACGCAGAGGUUAAACAUCUGUGUGCAUGAUGGGAAAGUAUAUUGAUUGUGUCACUGCUAACACCAAAGGUUCGUUCUUUGUAGUUGUUUGCUGGUUGUUGUGUGAUUGUUUUGUAACUUUUGAACAGCCUUUAAUGGGAAAGUGAGUUAACAUGUUAAGUUUGUAAAUAUGUAAAUUGACUGCCUCAUGGUAAUGGAGAGCUGUGUAAAUAAACCUGUCACACAGA